AUGGGGGUGUUCUCCCGAACUUCCGAGACAGAGGUAGCCCCCAUGAAACGACUGACGGCAGGCACGCUCUUUCUGCUGAUCCUCGGCGCGCUCGCGCUACUCGCCACCGGUUGCGGCCAGAAGACUGCCAAGAUCGGCGCCGUGUUGCCGCUGACCGGCGUCGCCAGGACUUACGGCACACCCAUUCAGAACGGCCUCGAGAUCGCCCUUGAGCAGCUCCGUGCCGACGCCACUUUCGAGCAUGAGCUGGAGUGGGUGAUCGUCGACUCUGAAAGCGACCCACAGAAGGCCAAAGAGCAGAUCGAGGAGCUCUACGACGGCGGCGCCAUCGCGGUGAUCGGCGGCUGUACCUCAGCCGAAGCCAAGGAGAUGGUGCCGGUGGCCGAAGGCUACGAUCGCGUGCUGCUGUCACCUUCGGCCUCGAGUCCAGAUCUCACCGGCGUGUCGGAGAACUUCUAUCGAGUGAGCCCGUCGGACUACCUCGAAGCCAACAAGAUGGCCGACUUUGCCGCUCGCCAACUGCAGAUCAAGAGCGUGGUCUUGCUGGCCGAGCAGAACUUGGAGUACGCCAAGGGCAUCCAGGUGUUGCUGAAAGAGCAAUUCGAGCUCUUCGGCGUCGAAAUUCUCGACGUCAUCGAGUAUCCGGAGCGCACCACCGACUUCUCCGGUCUGGUCGAAAGAGCCGUCACCUUGAAUCCCGAUGCGGUCUAUCUCGCAGCCUACGCCGAGGGCAUUAGCUCGAUGAUCCUAGAGCUGCACACCGCCGGCUUCGAAGGCAAGAUCCUCACCACCCAGGCCUUUGCCGACGUGAAGUGGAUCCAGAAGACCGGCGAAGCCGCAGAGGGCGUUCUGCUGACCAAGACGGUGUUCGAGAUCGACAGCGAGUACGCCCACAUCAAGACUUUCGUCAACGCCUACCGCGAGAAGUUCGGCGAAGAACCCAACAUCUGGGCGGCCUACGGCUACGACUCGUUGCGGGUUCUGGCCGAAGCGAUGCGCGGCCGAUCGGCGGAUUCUUACGAGCUGCUCAAGGGGAUUCGCGGCAUCAAGGACUUCCCUGGCGUGAUCGGCAGCAUUCAGUUCGACGAGCGCGGCGAUGUGAAAAUAUUCCCGCGGGUCUACAUCGUCAAGGACGACCUCGGGCUCUACAGUUUCGACGAAGAGUUCAAGCGUCAGCAAGACGAGCUCAAGAAACGGCGCGAGGAGCUGCAAAGGCGCCUCGAAGAGCUGCAAAAGGAAGCCCGUCAGAUCGGCGGUUGA